GGGAUACUGGCUGGGGGGUGGGGAAGCUGGCCCUAUGCUGGGGCUCCAGAGGGGAGCUUCCUGGCUCACAGGGAGCCAGGGCCCAUCUCUGUUCCUGGUCCCAGCCAGCUUGGUGGUGCCCAUCUCCUGGCUGUGCACUGGCUCCUCAUGGAGGGGUUGGUGGCUCAGCCUGUGGCCUGGUGGUCCCUAAUACCCAUCCUCAAUGAUAUCCUUGUCCACUGGCUCAGCCUUGCAGUUGUCCCAUGCACACCAGCCGUUGGGUCCAUGUUCACGGGCCAGGAGGGUCCGGCAAAGCCAGGGACGGAGAGAGCUGCCCGCCCUGAUUGGUAAGAUGCACGUGCUACAGUAGCUGCUGUGCCUUAUGCCUGGAUCUUGCCUUCAUUUGGGCAGGUGUCUAAGAUGCCAGAGGGCCCAGAGCUGCACCUGGCCAGCCGCUACAUCAACACAGUAUGUGCAGGGCUCAUCUUCUCAGGGAAGGUGGAGAAGUCUGAAGUAAGCAAGAACCCAGAGGUGCUGUUUGAGAGCGAUGCGUACCUGAUCUCUGCCACCUCACGGGGCAAGGAGAUCAAGCUGACCCUGACACCACUCAAAGAGGAGAAGAACACGCUCCCUGGCAGAGGGAGGGACAGGGAAGGGCUGAGCCAGAAUGGUCUCCAGCAGCCCAUGGAUCUUGUCUUCCGCUUUGGAAUGUCAGGCAGCUUCAAGCUCACCUCCGCAGCUGAGCUGCCCAAACACGCCCAUCUGCGGUUUUACACCAAGGAUAGCCCGCACCGAGCGCUCUGCUUCGUGGAUGUCAGGCGCUUCGGGAGGUGGGAAGUGCAUGGGACAUGGCAGCCGGAUCGAGGGCCAUGUGUGAUGGUGGAGUAUGAGAAAUUCAGGGAGAACGUGCUGAGGAACCUGUCUGACAAGGCUUUCAACAAGCCGAUCUGCGAAGCCCUGUUAAAUCAGAAGUUUUUCAAUGGGAUUGGCAACUACCUCCGAGCCGAGAUUCUCUACAGGUUAAAGAUCCCUCCUUUUGAGAAGGCUCGGACGGUGCUAGAGGCUCUUCAGCAUCGGAAGCAGAGUCCGGACCUGACCUUGAGCAAGAAAGUGAAAUUAAAGCAGGAGAAUCCAGACCUGCUGGAGCUCUGCCAUGCGGUGCCCAUGGAGGUCAUUCACAUGGGGGGGAUGGGUUAUGGCCCGGAGCCCUCUGACGAUGCCGCGGCCUUUGAGGAGUGGCUGCAGUGUUACGGUGUCCCUGGCAUGAGGUCGCUGCACGAUGGCAAUGGCAGGACCAUCUGGUUUCAGGGGGAGCCUGGACCUAUGGCCCCGAAAGGAAAAAAGUCCCGCAAGAAGCGCUCGUGGGUGAAUGGUGACCCUGAGCCUCCAAGUCCAAAGGUUACAAAGCCGGUGCCUAAGAGAAGUUCGAAGGGCAGCAGCGGCCAAGAGAAGGUAGCAAAGCGAUCUGGCAGGAAGAAGGGGAAAGAGCUCGUUCAAGGAGCCGAGAAUGCCAAGGCACAUGAAGCAAGAAAGCCAAACACCAGGUCCAGAAGGAAAGCAUCAGCAAGUCAAGCGUCUCUCACGAACGAAGCUCCUGCUGCAGAUAGGAAGAGGCAGGCAUCUGCUCGGAGAAGCACAGGAGCAGCUACUGCUGCCCCAAGAUCCAGGCGGGUGAAGGCUGAAUGACUGGUCUGGCCCGGCAUCUGUCCUCGCUUCAGCCUGGAGUAACUCAGAUGGGAGCUCGCUUGCUACUGCUGCACAUGCUGAGGGAGACGCGCUGGGAGCAGCUGCUGGGGUGACUCUUCUUUCAAGUGGGUGUGCCUGCUGCAUUGUUUCUUAGAUCCCUUCUCAGAGGGGCUUGCUGCAGGGGCUCUAAGCAGCUGAUGCAAGAGCCCUGCCCCAUGAAAUGAAGAUGAUGAUGCCGUGGCGUCAGCCUCCCUGCUCACCCUCCCCAUAGUGUGGUUCUCUGACCCAGCUGCCAGUGCUUUUAGCAAUCUGAUUUUAGUACUAACAAUAAAAUGUUUCCAUAAA